AUGGUAGAGCUCCAAGAGGCCACAGUGUACUGGGAUACUGCCCAGAAGAGUGUAAUCCUGAAGGACGGGGUGAUGGAGCAAGAGGGGGGCGCCUACGGUUACUUCAAUGACACCCUGCUCCUGUCAGGGUGGGGGGUCCUGGAGGUCCGGGCGGGAUAUGGGGUCAGCACCCAGGAGGACGAGAUCACCUACUUCCUUGCCGGCUACCUGGAGGGCUACCUGACUGCCGAACAGAUGUUCAGCCAUUACGCCAACAUGUACCCUCAGAUGAUAAAGGACGAGAAGGUUCUCAAUCCCUUGAAGAAGUUUUUGAGUAAGCAGGACUACUGGGCCCGAGAGCAGGUGAAGCUGAAGAGAAACAGCGACCCCUUGUGGCUGCAUGUGGGACUGAUCCUGGCUCAGCUGGACGGACUCAAGGCUGGGGCUGCACACUGGGCCAAGAGCAAACAUAGAGAGCCUCUGUCCGUCUUUGCGGUCCAGUUUCUGAAUGGCGUUGGGGACCUUCUGGACCUUGUCCCGGCUCUGACCCCACGCUCCAACUCCUCGACAGGGGCCGGCGCUUUCAGGAUGCCAGGAAUGGGCCACUGCACCGCUCUUAUAAAGGUGCUCCCAGGCUUUGAGAAUUUGCUGUUUGCCCAUUCUAGCUGGUACACCUACGCCGCCACCAUGCGUAUCUACAAACACUGGGACUUCAGGCUGACUGACACACACACCGCCACCGGCAAGAUGUCAUUCAGCAGCUACCCAGGCUUCCUGAUGUCUCUGGAUGACUUCUACCUGCUGGGCAGCGGCCUGCUGAUGACUCAGACCACCAACAACGUGUUCAACGCCUCCCUGUUUUCCCAGCUCAGCCCUCACAGCCUGCUGGCCUGGCAGAGAGUCCGCCUGGCCAACAGCCUGGCACGCAGUGGGGAGGCCUGGGCUCGCAUCUUCUCCAAACACAACUCAGGUACGUAUAACAGCCAGUACAUGGUGCUGGACCUGAGCAGGGUGACUCUGGGCCGCAGCAUCCAGGACGGGGCUCUGACCGUGGUGGAGCAGAUUCCUGGCAGGGUGAUGCACUCGGACCAGAGCCAGGCUUUACGCAGAGGUUACUGGCCGUCCUACAACGUGCCGUUUCACGUGGAGAUCUACAAUCUGAGUGGGUACGGCGUGAUGUGGAGGAGACACGGAGAGGACUUCUCCUAUGACCUCUGUCCCCGAGCCAAAAUCCUGCGGCGGGACCAGUCCAAGGUGUCCGACCUCAGCACCCUGAAACACAUCAUGAGAUACAACAACUACAAGCGGGAUCCCUACUCCAAGGGUCAUCCGUGUAAGACCAUCUGUUGCCGUAACGACCUGAGGCCGAGGAGACCGCGACCAGGAGGCUGCUACGACACGAAGGUGACAGACUACCAGAUGGCUCUUCAGCUGGUUGCCGAGGCGAUAAACGGCCCCACCACACAGGGUGGCCUGCAUCCGUUCUCAUGGCAACGCUUUGACCACACGGCUCAUCAGGGUCUCCCGCACACCUACAACUUCACCUUCGUCACCAUGCGGCCAUCGCUCCAGCAGCCCUGAGAGUAGGACAUCCUGAGGAUCCUGGCUUACCCGCCGCUCCUGUAAUAAGAGGGGAUAACAUAAAAACUUUGUCAAAAUAUGGCAAAAAUGUCCUUGAAAAUGUCAUAACACCUUGCGGGAAAAUGUAAUGUCUUUUUUUCCCUGAUACUAAUAACAUUAUCACUGCCCAUUCAUGCUUAAAAUGUAAACCCAUUGAAAACCUUAUUAAUUGUUGUCACUGAAUAUGUUAGAAAUCAGUAAAGGAAGUAUAAAGUACAGUUUAAACCAUGAAACUUUACAACAUUAUUACAUUAUUAGACAGAUUUAUCAUCAAAUCACAAGUUAAAAAUGUGUUAUUC